UCGUGAACCAACAUCCAGAGAAUUCUACCGACCUGAACCCUAAGCACCAAAGCAAUAGAAGAGUAAUACGCAUAAAAAUCCACCCUUUCUUCCACAUUUGCUCGAUUCUCACAAAAGCUUGGAAUCGGCUCAUCGGUUCUCUCUCUCUCUCUCCGUCAAUCGCCCUGAUCGGAAUAAAACCUUAAUCAAGCUGGAAAAGAGGGAGAGACCAACAAUUCUGAACUACUAACGGCUUAUCAAGAAUGGCGACUGCUGAGGCAGCACCAGCGUCACUAGGGCCACGCUAUGCUCCCGAAGAUCCUACUCUGCCACAACCUUGGAAGGGAUUAAUUGAUGGUAGCACGGGUGUUUUAUACUACUGGAAUCCUGAAACUAAUGUUACGCAAUAUGAAAAGCCUACUGCUGUUGCUCCUCCAUUGCCCCCCGGUCCACCUCCUUCAGCUUCUACCCCUACUUUGGCUCCAAUUCCAGGCGCUAGGACUACCCAAGCAAGUGAAGUCCAAAACCAGCAAAUGCAGGCCCAACAACAAGUACAACAAGUGAAUCCUCAUUUGCAGCAGCAGCAGCAACAAGCACUGAUAUCACCUCAUAUUGUUCAACGGCAUAGCUCGCAAAUACCACCAACUGGGCAGCAACAGGGUUCACAGUUGGUUCCUUCUGUGGAACAACAGGGGCAGCUAACACCACAGCACCUUAGGCCACAGAUGUUGCAAUAUGUUGGUCAAUCAACUCCAUCGCAGUCGGGACAAGUACAGGUCCCUCCUGGAUCACAUGCUCCACAACAACCAAUGCAACAAAUGGGCCAGCAAACUCUCAUGUAUCAAGGUCCACCCGGAGGGAAUCCACAGACCCAUCAGUUUCCCCACCAACAGACUCAGUAUAUGCCAUAUCAACAGAAUGUACUUCAGCACGGACAUCAAAAUUCACAGCAACAGACUCUCCAAAGGCACCACUUUUCCCAUCAACAGGAUCACAAGAUGGGGUUCCCACCUCGGGAGGAUAUUGAUUCACAACAAGGAAAGCAAGUGGGACAUUCACCUGCACAGAUUCAGUCUAGUGCUUCAUCCUCAAUUCAAAAUCUUCCUGCUGGUAGUAGUUCCAUGCAGGCACCUCAGAUGGGUGUUCAACCUAAUCAAGCUACGCAGUUUGGUGGCUCCUCAGUCAACAUGCAGCAGCCUGCAUCUUUAUUACAGUUGCAGCAGGGUGCAACGGAUUUGCUUCAACCUCAGCAUGGCUCAAGGUUUCAGAAUCAGAUGGGCCCCUCAAUGAUGCAUGCCCAACAGCCAAAGGUACCCCCAUUUGGACCAAAUGUGGGCUAUGAUGGAAGCCCUCUUGGAAGAGCUGGAAAUGAUUUGUAUUAUAACUCUAACAAGGAUGGCCACGUGAUGGCUCCUCAGCAGCCCAAGCUUGCUGCAAUACCAAUGGCAAGAAAUAAUCAGGAGAUGAGGAGGGGGGAUGUUCACCUUCAAAAUGUCGUACCAAGUCAUCCUGGGGGACUGAGUGGUGUAACUGGGCCACCUAUGCAUGACUUAUAUGGUCAUGCAACUGGUGGUCCACUAUUUCCGAACGAUUCUUUCACAAGGCCUCCUCCAGGCAUUAUAGGACCCUCAGAUGCUAAUGCAACUCAUCUCUCGCCUGCUGAUGUUUAUCGCCAAAAGCAUGAAGUAACAGCAACGGGGGACAAUGUUCCUGCUCCAUUCAUGACUUUUGAGGCCACUGGUUUCCCACCAGAAAUACUGAGGGAGAUACAGUUGGCUGGUUUCUCUUUUCCCACACCAAUUCAGGCACAAACUUGGCCAAUUGCUUUACAAAGCAGGGACAUAGUUGCAAUUGCAAAGACAGGUUCUGGGAAAACAUUGGGAUACUUAAUCCCUGCAUUCAUGCAUCUCAGAAGACUCCACAACAAUCCCCAGUAUGGCCCCACUGUGUUGGUUUUAGCUCCAACUCGUGAGCUUGCCACACAAAUACAGGAUGAAGCUAUCAAGUUUGGUCGAUCUUCCAGAGUUACUUGCACAUGCCUGUAUGGCGGUGCUUCCAAAGGCCCUCAGCUAAAAGAACUGGAGAGGGGAGCAGAUAUUGUUGUUGCCACUCCUGGUCGGUUGAAUGACAUUCUUGAUAGCAAGAGGAUUGAUUUUCGGCAGGUCUCUUUUCUUGUGCUUGAUGAAGCUGAUCGAAUGCUUGACAUGGGUUUUGAACCUCAGAUUCGCAAGAUUGUUAAUGAAAUACCACCACGGAGACAAACGCUCAUGUACACUGCUACUUGGCCUAAAGAAGUGAGAAAAAUAGCGAAUGAUCUUCUUGUUAAUCCAGUACAGGUGAACAUUGGGAGUGUAGAUGAACUUGCUGCCAAUAAGUCCAUCACACAGUAUGUUGAAGUGGUCCCUCAAAUGGAGAAGCAGAGACGCUUGGAGCAAAUUCUUAGAUCCCAAGAACGGGGUUCCAAAAUUAUCAUCUUCUGUUCAACAAAAAAGUUGUGUGAUCAGCUGGCACGUAGUAUUGGUCGCAACUUUGGGGCUGCUGCAAUUCAUGGAGACAAGAAUCAGGGCGAGAGGGAUUGGGUUCUGAAUCAAUUUCGAUCUGGGAAGACCCCAAUCUUAGUGGCCACUGAUGUUGCAGCACGUGGGCUUGAUAUCCGAGACAUAAGGGUUGUCAUCAAUUAUGACUUCCCAACGGGCAUUGAAGAUUACGUUCACCGCAUUGGAAGAACUGGCAGGGCUGGUGCUACAGGUGUGUCUUAUUUUGAGCAUAUUGGGCUGCUAUCUAGUUAAAGGAGGAGGGGGCAUCAAGUACCGCCAGAAGUAAAAGAUAUGGCUUUACGAGGUGCACCAAGCUUCAGCAGGGAUCGAGGUGGGAUAAAUCGUUUUGAUUCUGCUGAUGUUGAUGGUGGUGGUGGUGGUGGACGUUGGGAAUCUGGUGGCCAUGGUGGGAUGAGGGAUUUUGGCUUUGGUGGCCGAGGUGGGAUGAGGGAUAGUGGCUUUGGUGGCCGUGGAGGGAUGAGGGAUGGUGGCUUUGGCGGUCGUGGUGGGAUGAGGGAUGGUGGCUUUGGUGGCCGUGGUGGCUUUGGCAACCGUGGUGGGAUGAGGUACGGUAGUUUUGGUGGCCGUGGAGGGAGAGACGGUGGAUUUGGUGGUGGUGGUGGUGGCCCUGGUGGUUGGGAUAGGAAUGAUCGUUAUAGCAUGGAUGGGCGAGGGCGUGGUAGGGGACGUGGACGGGGCCGAUUUGAUAAUAGAAGAGAGAUUGGAGAUAGAAGUAGAGGCAGAAGCUACAGCUCCAGUCCCGAGAGGGUACGAACGUGGGGUUAUAGCAGGAGCAGGAGCCGAAGCCGAAGCCGAAGCCGAAGCAGGAGUAGAAGUUACAGUCGGAGCCACAGUAGGAGUAGAAGCUGGUCACGCAGCCAUAGCCCAAGGCGCAGCCGAAGCCGAAGCCGCAGCCGCAGCCCCAGCUAUGAGAGAUAUGAGAGGCGGCGACGCAAAACUAAGUUUGAUCAGAUGGAUGUAAACGUUCCAAAUGCUGAUGUUCCUUCCGAGUCAGGUAUGUCUCCCAUGUCUCCAGGCAGACAGGGCAACGGAUUUUCUGGGUCUGGGGCUAUGCCUGCGCCUGCGCCUGCGCCUGCUGUGCAAGUACCUUUUAUUUCAAGCACUGAUCCUGGCACCACUGGAUCUCAUCCUAGCAAUCCAGGCAUCGAUCCAGAGGUUUGACACAGUUGGCAAAUUCCAUCUGGUCGUCAAAUGACAACUGCCUCACCAACAUUCUAGCGUACCGCGGAAGUUCAGUUGAGGUUGCUCAAACCAGAUGAGGCAAAUGAUUAUCUGCUGGCUUUUUGAAGCCAAAUGAGUUUCAUAUAAGAGAGAUUAGGGGGGAAAAUCUGAGCAGUAAUUAUGAGGAUACAAUGGCGGCCUCAAGUUUAGUCGGAUCGUAUUUUUUUUUCCAAUCAGCAUUGAACCCUUUACUGGUUCAUCCCCGUAUUUGGGAAAUUUUGCUCUUCUUAUUUCAUUUGGGGCACAGGUUGUGGGGAGAAGGGCCAAGUGUCAGUAGUGGAGCUCAAGAUAGAUGCAAACUCUUUGACUAAUGAUAGAACACUCUAGUAGAAAACUGUUUCGCUGUUAUAAUUUGUUACAGAAGUUCUUUUGUAACCGUUUGUUUUAUUUUUAUAUACUAAUAUCCUUUUAAUAGA